UAGUCGGGCGACAUUGGCUGGAUAAUCACCUCAACAGCACUUGUCUUGCUGAUGAUUCCAGGAGUUGGGUUCUUCUACUCCGGUCUCGCGCGGAGAAAGUCGGCCCUCUCGCUCAUCUGGCUCUCGGUCAUGGCUACAGCUGUCACUUCCUUCCAAUGGUUCUUCUGGGGGUACUCGCUCACCUUCUCGCACACGGCGGGUCCUUUCCUCGGUGACCUGGCCAACUUUGGAUUCAAGGACGUCCUAGCGCAGCCCUCUGUCGCCUCGAGCUCAAUCCCCGAUCUUCUUUUUGCCGUGUACCAGGGCAUGUUCUCAUGCAUCACCGUCGCGCUGGCGACUGGUGCCGUCGCCGAGCGUGGCCGCAUGCUCCCUUGCGUUGUCUUCAUGUUCAUCUGGGCCACAAUUGUAUACGACCCCAUUGCUUGCUGGACGUGGAAUCCUUCGGGCUGGUCGAACAAGAUGGGCGGCUUGGACUUUGCAGGUGGUACGCCGGUGCACAUUGCCUCCGGCACGGCGGCUCUUGCGUACUCGAUGAUGCUCGGCAAGAGACGCGGCCACGGCACGCACGAGCUCAACUUCCGCCCGCACAACGUCACCCACAUUGUCAUUGGCACCGUCUUCCUCUGGGUGGGCUGGUUUGGCUUCAACGCGGGUUCCGCGCUGGCUGCCAAUCUCCGAGCCGUCAUGGCUGCGGUGGUGACGAACCUUGCGGCCUGCUGCGGCGGCAUCACAUGGUGUAUUCUCGACUACCGACUUGAGCGCAAGUGGUCGACGGUCGGGUUCUGCUCUGGCGUUGUUGCGGGCCUCGUCUCGAUCACGCCCGGUUCCGGCUUCGUCCCGGUGUGGGCGGCGGUCCCCUUUGGCGUCCUGGGCGCCGCGCUGGCCAACUAUGCGACCAAGCUCAAGUUCCUGCUAGGCGUCGACGACGCGCUCGACAUCUUUGCGGUGCACGGCAUUGGCGGCCUGGUGGGCAACAUCCUGACGGGCUUCUUUGCGGCAAACUGGAUCGCGGCACUGGACGGCGUGACGAGCAUCCCGGGCGGCUGGCUGAACCAGAACUGGGUGCAGCUGGGCAAGCAGCUGGCCGACUCGCUCACGGGCGGCGCGUACUCGUUUGUGCUGACGUCGGCGAUCCUGCUCGUCAUGAACAUGAUCCCGGGCCUGCAGCUGCGCGUGAGCGAGGACUCGGAGGUGAUGGGCAUCGACGACGCCGAGAUUGGCGAGUUUGCGUACGACUAUGUCGAGCUCACGCGCGAGGUCGUGAGCGACUCGGCCGCCAACAUGGCCGCGCAGGACCUCGACGACACCACCAGCCGGUUCUCGGGGGCCGGCGCGGGGACCUACGUCGUCGGGGUGAGUGCCGGCGGCGGCGGCAACCCGUUCGACCCCAGGGAGAAGAACAGCAUCCCGCUCAUGGACAACAUUGGCGCGAGGGCGCAGGGUUCGUACUCGAGGGGGGCAUGAGCGGCAGGUGCUUGCUGAGGCCGCUGUUGGGAACAAAGAACCCAGAAUGUGGGAGGGAGGUGCAGCCAGCGGAUCUGCUUCUCCUUUGCCCUUAAUGAGACUGGACGCCCAAGGAAUGCCUGGACCAAAAGUAUGGUUGCUGUUUGUUGCUGUACAGUAAGGAGCGAGGACGCUGUUGCAUUUUUUUCUAGCACGCAAAUGCAAAUUAUUUUGACCAACACCUCGUCCCGGUAUGAGCGUGCAGAGGUUUGUUUGACUGAUUUUUUGUCCGAAAGGCUAUUUGUAUUAUUCCCCUUGUCUGUGUUGACCAUCCUGGCAACUCCGGACAGGCCUGGAAUGGCAAGGGCACCACUGACUUGCCCUUCCGAGUUGCUUGACAGCUGUCUCAGUACCACCCACCGAACUUUAGAUACCCCAAGGUUUUAAGUACGACCUUACUCAGUGUAUG